CUGACGAUCACGAACACCCACACACGCACAUACAUUCCAUCGGUGCAGCUGUAGUCGUCGCCUUGCUGACAGAAACGGACGUGUUUUUGGAUGUAGCAGCCCGAUCCUCCGUUCAGGGAUGCUGUGAGCAGCUGUCAGCGAGUCUGCAGCUCUCCUCUCAGGGUCUUCUACAGCCCUUCUGUGAUCACGGGCCUGCCUAGCAUCUUUCAUCCAUAUCAUUCCUUUUUCCAUUCACCCAUCCUUUCCCCUAUCAUGAAAGGCCUGUCUAGUAGUCGGAGUCACCAUCAUGUGGUCUCCUAUGAACCAUCAUAUGAUCCACUGGGUCAUCAUGUUGACCGCAAGCCAUAUUUGAUCAGUCAGAUGGACAUGCCUGUACCCAUUCCCAUGCCACAUCCAGCUGAGCUGCCCUACUACAAUGCUCAGCGUACCUCGUACCCCUCUGACAGCAACAGUAUCGUCCCAUAUGGAACCUUCCCAAGGAGGUGUCACUCCACCUCUUCAUCUCACCAUCCUGAGGUAAAGGAUGAGUGUAUGGCCAUGGUACCAUAUGUAGGAGGAGGAGGAGGAGGAGGAGGAGGUGGAGGAGGCUAUGGGGGUAAAACGCCCACUCGGGUGCCAGCAAACUUUGCAGACCCGUUUGAGCGUCAGUCAUCAUUUUCCAGAGAUGGCUACCAUACACUGCAGUACAAACGAGGAGUGCUGGCCCACAGUGGGGGGAUGGGGGCAAACAACAACAACAACGACAGUCCGGGGAGAAUUCGCCACUUGGUCCACUCAGUCCAAAAACUCUUCACUAAGUCACAUUCAUUGGAGGGGCCACACCAUACACAGUCAUCUAAGGGGGCCAAUAAUGGGAGUGUUAAUGGUGGUGGUGGUGGCGGAGGAGGUGGUGGUGGUGGUUCAAGGGCCAGCCCAGAAGGUGAAACUCCACCAGUAGGAGUGCGCCACAGGAAGCGCAGCAAGAGCCGUGAACGCUGUCGAUCAGCGGAGCCCAAGCAUCGAAGCCACCACCACCACCACCACCAGCUCCACGGCUCAGCAUCUGCUCCAGGCUCUGGAUAUUGGAGCUCAGAUGACAACCUGGAACGGGAGCUGUGUCUCUACCAUCCCCACCACCACCAACCUCCACCCUCACCCUCCCCCUCCAUUUCCCCCUCCCCUAUUGCCAUGACAAUGGGCCGGUACCCUGGCAACAACCCUGACAAGUUCCCCCAGACUCCCCUCCCUAGUCUCUCCUCCUCACAGUCCCAGCAGUACUUCAUGAUGGACCCUUAUGGCACACUCAACGAGCACACAUACACCCAUGCACACCAUGGCCACACACACCACCAUUCUGCACUCAAAGCUUCCCGGAGCAACAACGAUGUGAAGUAUGCAGCAUCGCCAGCAUGUGUGCCAGUUAGUGGUAGCAGCAAUAACAGCGGUGGCGGUGUCGGUGGAGGAAGUGGCCCCUUGCUGCCACUGAGUCUUGUGGACGGGCCCCUUGUGAAGAAAGGGGCAUGGUCAUCAAGCCUAACGGUGAGCAGGGCCCGAGAGGUCUACACCAACAACAGCAGCCACAACCAGCUACGAACCAGCGCAGGAUCCGGUAACCUAAACCUAGAUAGAGCUCUAGUCAAAUCUAAGGGCAGUCAGCAGCAGGAGCGCUCUUGCCAUUUCUUACAGGUACCUCAGGAUGAGUGGGGCGGCUUCUCUCCUCUGGGGAAAGAGGAUGAUAUCCCAUGUCGGAGGAUGAGGAGCGGCAGCUACGUCAAAGCCAUGGCAGAGGACGACAGCGGAGAUUCUGACGGGAGUCCCAAACCCUCCCCUAAGAUACAGGCUCGCCGGGCCAGCUACCUGAAAGCCACACAACCAUCCCUGACUGAGAUGACCACGCUACAGAUUUCAACGGAACACUCCCCUAAACUGCAGAUCAGGAGCCACAGUUAUCUGCGUGCGGUGAGUGAGGUUUCGAUCAAUAGAAGCCUGGAUACCCUGGAUCCCAAAACCCUCCUCGACCCCAAAUCGUUGCUGUCCUCGCCCCAAUACCGCUCACGCAAUGAAAGCUACAUGAGGGCCAUGAGCACCAUCAGUCAGCUGAGUGAGGUAGAGGUGAAUGGGCAGAUUGAGCAGGUGUGUGAGCAGGUUUACAGUGAGAUGCAGUCCCAGGCCAUGGAGGCUGCCAUGGACAGUAUGGACACCAUGGACACCCUGUCUAUGCCCGGAUGCUUCCGGAUGAGGAGCCACAGUUAUGUCAGGGCAAUCGACCAGGGCUGUGCAGGGGAGGAGGAAGGAGAAGGAGGAGGACCGCUGCUCCUGCUGCCAUCAUCCCCACCACGCACAUCUGCCACCACUGUCAGGACCAUUCAGAGCAGUACAGUUUCAUCUUGCAUCACCACCUACAAGAAAACCCCUCCACCAGUGCCGCCCCGAACCUCCACCUGCUCAACAGCCUCCAAGCCAUACAUCUCCAUCACAGCCCAGAGCAGCACAGAGUCUGCACAGGAUGCGUACAUGGAAGAGGAGGGACCCAGAGGUGACAUGACCAUCCAGUCAGGGCUCAGUAACUCAACAGAAAGCAUUGACAGCAUGAAGGCCUUGACAGCUGCCAUAGAAGCUGCUAAUGCCCAGAUCCAUGGACCAGCCAGUCAGCAUGUCAGUAACAGCACCAUGACAGUCGGUGCCCCUGGAAUCCUGAGCAGGGCAUCAGCAAUAGAAGACCGCUGCGAUGAAUACAGAAAAGAAGCACUUAGGAAGGGCAAAUGUCUUUCAAUAGGCAUCCAGGUGGAUGGACCAGAGGAAAUUCCUGAUCCAGAAGACGCAUCCAAGUUUACCUCUGUAGGUGUGCAAGUGGAAGAUGACAGAGGAUAUCGCCGGUUUCAGCGCUCCAACAGUGUGACAGCAGCUGUACAGGCAGAUCUAGACAUGCCAGACCUACUAGACACGCCUCUAGACUCCCCGGACGCUGACAUGGAAGUCUUAUCAUCCGGUGCCAUCUCUCGACAAUAUUCCCGUGAUGCCGCCACCUCCACUGUCAGUAUCCAGGGCUCAGGGAACCAUUACCACGCCUGUGCCUCUGAUGAUUAUGAGGAUGUGGGCUUUGACCCAUCCAUCCUCCCCCCUCCAGACCCCUGGAUAGACAGUGUAACAGAUGACCCACUUGAUGUCGGUUUCAACAGCUCUGCUAUUUUGGAGGUGGUGCAGCGAUCUGUGUGUCAGAGAGAUGGACACUGGUUCCUGAAGCUGCUGCAAGCUGAGACUGACCGUAUGGAGGGCUGGUGUCGACAAAUGGAGCUCGACCAGCGGGAGAAUGACCUGCCUGAAGAUAUUCUUGGGAAGAUGAGGAGUGCCGUGGGAAGCGCUCAGCUUUUGAUGUCCCAGAAGUUUCAACAGUUCAGGGAGCUGUGUGAGGAGAACCUGAACCCCAAAGCCCAUCCCCGUCCGGUGGCCUCAGACCUGGCUGGUUUUUGGGAUAUGCUUCAGCUGUCAAUUGAGAACAUAAGCCUCAAGUUUGAUGAGCUUCACCAGCUGAGGGCCAACAACUGGAGACCCUUGGAUCCUCCUGAGAGAAAGGAGAGGCGGCUCCCACCUCCAGUGCCGAAAAAGCCACCCAAGGGCCCCCACCACCUUCCCCCUCUCGCCAGAGAACGCUCACUGGAGAGCUCAGAGAAACAGCGGCAGGAUGCCAGGAAGCGCCUAAUGGCUGCCAAGAGGGCAGCAUCUGUACGGCAAAACUCAGCUACUGAGAGCGCUGACAGCAUCGAGAUCUACAUCCCAGAGGCUCAGACAAGGCUAUGAGGACACUACUAGGGACAUACACAGUGAUGACAUGCAGAACACAAGUACACAUAUCAUACACAAAACACAAAAUGUAUGGUUGUCCAUACCAAGGUAUAGGGUGGAACCAAAUACAAAUCUUUUAUUUGAAUAUGCACAAUGCUCUAAACAGAAAUACAUCUACAGUUUUGCAGUAAUAUUUUCCAACCCCACUGCUGAUGUCAUGGGAAAACUGCCUAUAACAGUUAGUGUAAACGAAGCACUCGCAGAUUGUUGAUAAAAUAAGUAUGAGUAUAAUACAGUAUAAUACAGUAUAGUACAUCAUGGAGACAAUCAGGAAUCUUUCUGCUAUCCAAGAAAAAAACACAAGAACACAGCUUUUAUAUUAAAACAGAGAACAAAGGUAAUAUUUUCUAUUGUUCUGUGUUACAUAGUACAAUAAGAACAUCCCACUGAGCAGAUAAACGGCUCCAUAUUAGGGAAAACUCCAUCAAGCCUAAAUUUCAUAUACAUUAUGCAACAAGACAAAUACCCCUAAAUCUGUUUAGGAAUCAGAUUAAAAAGGACACUCUCUUACAUUUUCAUCAGAGUCAGACUUAUAUUCAGUUUUUAAUCAGUUUUCACCAGAUUAGUUGCACGGUAUGGAAUAAAGAUUGGACUUGCACAGGUACUAUUUGCAUCUAAUUAUCAGAAACUGAGGUCUAACACUGCUUGGGAUACUAAAGAACUGAAGUUAAGGAGUGCCUUAUGAGAAUAUGCUAUAGGGUCAAACACAAUUUUUCUUUUUUUCCCCCCUAAAUUCAUUUAUUUUUCUCCAAUCUUAUGCACAUUCAUCAAAACCACACAAACCAAACCUAACAAAAACAAAUGCAAAUACAUAAUACAGAUAACGCUACAUAACAUGAAAACUCCAUUUUAUUAAAAAAAAAAUCAUAAAAUCUGCUCUAUUGCAAAUCAAAGUUCUUUUCCUUUUAACCUAUCUGUCUGUUUUUAGUACUAAUCUUGAACUUUUAUUCAGACUCAGUUUAGACUUACUGUUUUCCAUUUUUUAAAACUGGAGUUCAACAAUAUAAUCCUGUUUCAUUAUUUGAUUAAAAUACUGUAUUAUAUUGUUGGCAGCUAAUCUUAAACAAAUUUUACACUAGGGUUAAAAGCCGUGUUGUUUGCCCUCUUUGCUUGAAGGUUUUAGGUAUAUUUCAGCUCACUCAAUAUUGUUGAUGUGUGUGGUUUGGCUUGCAGCAGCAUUGAUCUCAGAGGCCCAUCACACUAUCAUUUUCACUUGAGCAUCAUUGGUACUAGGUGAAAAGUUAAAUCCCGGUUUGUCAGGAACGAAGAGAUUUUCAGGGGGUGCUAAGUUAGUAUAAUUACAAUUACUACCUACUUUACUAAAUAAAUACAGUACUGUGCAAAGGUUUUAGGCACUCUAGAUGUUUAGAUUCUUAUCUAUCUUACAGCAUCAGGAGGCAUCUGAUUGGUCCCAAAUUAAUACUGCUGCAUGAGAACAAGCCCAGAUGUACUGCUAGACUUAUAAAGAACCUUCCUGCAACAGAUGGCCUGACCCACACUGAGCCCUGAUCUGAACAUCAUGGAGUCAGUCUGGAGUUUCAUGAGCAGACAAAAGACAGCAAGACAGCCUACACCCACAGAGGAACUAACAGGCAGUGGAAGAGGGGAGAGAAGGGAGAAUGCUGACUGAGUUAUACCCACAGUCUACAUCUUAUGAGUCAGUCUAAAGUUAUCCUAACUAUCUCAAGUUUAGCACAACCAGUUCACCCCACCAGAUUUGCCUAAACCCCUUGGUCCACGUCUUCAAGAACAGCCAGAAAACUGUAGUAAAAAAGAGCCUUUGCAGGUUUGCUUGAAAAAACUAGUCUACUUGUCCAUAUAGUGGGAUAAAAUGUUAGCUUACAACUUGUAACAGCUGUGUUCCAGCAUAAUCUGUUCAUAAAUACCAAGCUCACUGACUGAAAUACAUUUUUUCAUUGCUGUUGCAAGUGUUAUUGCUUAUAUAAGCCAUCUCUGCAUCAUGUUAUUCACAGACUAGAUUCGAAAUUCUUGUUUAGUGACCUAAACAAGAAUAUCAGAUAUACCAAACACAUACAGAAUACAGAUCGGUAACAAACACUAUUGCCUUGCUUAUAACCAUGUAAAUAUCAUGCUGAAUUGCGCUAAGAACUGCAAACGGUUCUUUGACCAUAAUUACCACAAGAAAUGUUAAAGGGUCACAUAAACAAACCUUUGUUGUCACCACUUAGAUAAAAUUCUGUGUCUUGGCACGUUGUCACUGUUUGAUCCAGACAAAAGCAGCUGUAGACAUAAAUAAACUGGGUCAUAGUCACUUGACAGAAGACAGUCACUUUAGGUUGUCUGCUCUAGUGCACCCCUACUAAUUUCAGCUCCACCUUAAAUCAUUUGGUUCUGGAACUAGGCCUGGCCCAAGAUGCUUGGAAAAGGCUUUACUUUUAGCUUCUAAAUGUUUUGCAAAGUAAUUCACAUUUUAAACAGUUUAAUUCCGAAAAUAUAGCAGAUUAGACUUAUGGUUAAGACCAUGCCAACUCAUAGUUAAGGAAAACCAGUCACCCAGAGUACAUCACAAACUAAAACAGUGAAAUAAACUCCCUCCUAAGAUACACAGAGAAGCACUGCAUUACAACUUUUCCAAACUGUGUGUUUAAAUUUACAACAUCCAAAAUACUUUACCCAUCAAUGACUAGCAUCAGUUGACUAUAACCGAUAAGAGCUGUCAGAAUCUCUUAAACAUUCUGACCAGUCCAAAUCCUUUAAGUCUUGUAAAUUUUGAGAUGAUGCCACUGUAAAUUAGACUUGUAGCACAUCCCAACACCCUGUCAAUGGUUCAUGGUUGAUACAGACCAAGAGUUAGUUAUACCUACAGUACAGAAGAAAAUACAUUCCUGCACAAUGUCACUAAAUUUCAAAUGAAUCAAAUUUGUGUCAGCUUACAUUAGUUGCAUUACUUCAAAUCUAAUCAGUUGUAGUAAGUAUUUGCUCUGACAAGUACUGACAGUUUGCAUUUACUAUAUUAAAAAUGUAGCCCCCCACAGUUGGAAUUCAGUGCAACAAAUGUCAGUACAGUAUUGAAAAAAAGCAUUUUGUUUCAGUACUUGAUAUGUCCACCUUUAUUUUGGUGACAAAUACAAUCCUCCUCAGUAUGGAUGAUACCAGUGCUGCACAAAAUUCUGCAGAGACAGACUUUGAUAGUUUGUAGUCUUCCCUUUUUCUUCUUUGGAAGCUCUUCUGUGAUUUUGGCAGUGUGCUUUGGAUCAGUAUCGUGCUAUAUUCCUCUUCUGCCAAGCCUCUGAAGACAAAGAGUCAUCUUGGCAUCCAGUAUCUUUGUAUAUCCAUAGGGGUUCAUGGUGCUAUUUAUACAAUAUAUUGCCAAAAGCAUUCGCUCACCUGCCUUAACUCGCAUAUGAAUGUAAAUGACAUCCCAUUCCUAAUUCAUAGGGUUCAAUAGGAUGUCGGUCCAUCCUUUGCAGCUAUAACAGCUUCAACUCUUCUGGGAAGGCUGUCCACAAGGUUUAGGAGUGUGUUUAUGGGAAUUUUUGACCAUUCUUCCAGAAGCACAUUUGUGAGGUCACACACUGAUGUUGGACGAGAAGGCCUGGCUGUCAGUCUCUGCUCUAAUUCAUCCCAAAGGUGUUCUAUCGGGUUGAGGUCAGGACUCUGUGCAGGCCAGUCAAGUUCAUCCACACCAGACUCUGUCAUCCAUGUCUUUAUGGAUCUUGCUUUGUGCACUGGUGCACAGUCAUGCUGGAAGAGGAAGGGGUCAGCUCCAAACUGUUCCCACAAAGUUGGGAGCAUGGAAUUGUCCAAAAUGUCUUGGUAUGCUGAAGCAUUCAGAGUUCCUUUCACUGGAACUAAGGGGCCAAGCCCAGUUCCUGAAAAACAACCCCACACCAUAAUCCCCCCUCCACUGAACUUUACACUUGGCACAAUGCAGUCUGACAAGUAUCGUUCUCCUGGCAACUGCCAAACCCAGACUCGUCCAUCAGAUUGCCAGAUGGAGAAGCGUGAUUGGUCACUCCAGAGAAGGCGUCUCCACUGCUCUAGAGUCCAGUGGCAGCAUGCUUUACACCACUGCAUCCUACGCUUUGCAUUGCACUUGGUGAUGUACGGCUUGGAUGCAGCUGCUCGGCCAUGGAAACCCAUUCCAUGAUGCUCUCUGCUGAAGCACUGUUCUUGAGCUAAUCUGAAGGCCACAUGAAGUUUUAAGGUCUGUAGCGAUUGACUCUGCAGAAAGUUGGCGACCUCUUCGCACUAUGCGCCUCAGCAUCCGCUGACCCCACUCCGUCAGUUUACAUGGCCUACCACUUGGUGGCUGAGUUGCUGUCAUUCCCACACACUUCCACUUUCUUAUAAUACAGCUGACAGUCGACUGUGGAAUAUUUAGGAGCGAGGAAAUGUCACGACUGGAUUUGUUGCACAGGUGGCAUCCUAUCACAGUUCCACGUUGGAAUUCACUGAGCUCCUGAGAGCGACCCAUUCUUUCACAAAUGUUUGUAAAAGCAGUCUGCAUGCCUAGGUGCUUGAUUUUAUACACCUAUGGCCAUGAAAGUGAUUGGAACACCUGAUUCUGAUUAUUUGGAUGGGUGAGCUAAUACUUUUGACAAUAUAGUGUAACUGUCAUCUCCCCAACACCUUUGUACCCAUGCAACCACAUAUCAUCACACUCUCACCUCUGUGCUUCAUUGUCAGGACUAUGCAUUCAACGUGGUAGUCCUGGUCAGGUUCAUGCCAGGACCCCAUCUAAGAUGAACAAAUUUAUCCUGGUCUCACUUGACCAGAGAAUGUGCUCCCAGUUUUCAAUAGGCUUUGUUUUAUGUUCUUUAGCUAAGUUUCAUCUUGCAGUUUUGUGCCAAAGAGCAAGAAAGGUUUUUUUGUUUGGGAACCAUCCAUAGUGCACGCCAAUUUCCACUGAAAACCCCUGUACCAAGUUUUAAACACUUUCCCUUUUGUUUUUUUAGAGCUAGCUUUUCCAAGUAGCAGACUGUGCAUAGUAUGAUCUUAGGACAGCCAUUGCCAGUUAAGUACUAGUACUGUGGCUAAUUUUAUACCUUCUAAUUACUGUUUAGAUGGAUUUUAGUUGAUCACCAAUCUUCAUGUAUCCCUUUUCAUCCUUUUGAAAGGAUACAUGAAAAAAAUUACUUUCGCUGGCACUUUAAUACAAUACAGUCAAGUCCACAAAUAUUUGGACACAGACACAAUUUUCAGCAUUUCGGCUCUGUACACCAUCACAAUGAAUUUGAAAUGAAAAUAUCAAAAUGUGCUUUAAGUACAGACUUUCAGCUUUAAUUUGAGAGAAUUUACAUCCAAAUCAGGUAAACGAUGGAAGAAUUACAACGCAUUUUAGAUAUACCCUCCACCUUUUAAUAAUUGGACAAUUGGCUGCUCAGCUCUCCCAUGGCCAGGUGUGUUAUUCACUCAUUAUUCCAUCGUUUGGAAUCUGGUGAGGUCAACUCCUUUAAAUAUGAAGUCAUUAUCAGUGAAGCUAGCCAUCAUUAGGCUGAAAAAUCAAAACAAACCCAUCAGAGACAUAACAAAAACAAGAAAAACCUCUUCACAACAGUUGACCAGAUAAAGAAGACUCUCCAGGAGGUAGGCGCAUCUGUGUCAAAGUCAACAAUUAGGAGAAUAUUUCACCAGAGUGAAUACAGAGUGUUUACCACAAGGUGUAAACCACUGGUGAACCUCAAAAACUGGAAGGCCAGAUUAGAGUUUGCCAAAAAACAUCGAAAAGAGCCUAUGAAGUUCUGAAACAGCAUCCUAUGGACAGAUGAGACAAAGAUCAACUUGUACCAGAGUGAUGGGAAGAGAAGAGUCUGGAGAAGGGAAGGAACUGCUCAAGAUCCAAAGCAGACCACUUCAUCAGUGAUGCAUGGUGGUGGUGGUAUGAUGUCGUAGGCAUGUAUGGCUGCCAGUUGAACUGGUUCUCUUCUAUUUAUUGAUGAUGUGACUGCUGGCAAAAGCAGCAGAAUGAAUUCUGAAUGUUUCAGGCAAUAUUAUCUGCUCAUAUUCAGCCAAAUGCUUUAGAACUCAUUGGACGAUGCUUCACGGUGGAGAUGGACAAUGACCCGAAACAUACAGCGAAAGCAACCAAAGAGUAUUUUAAGGCAGAGAAGUGGAAUGUUCUGCAAUGGCCAAGUCAAUCACCUGACCUGAAUCCAAUCAAGCUGCAUUUCACUUGCUGAAGACAAACAAAAGGGAAAAUGCCCCACGAACAAGCAGGAAGUGAAGACAGCAGCAGUAGAGGCCUGAAGAAAACCCCUUCACAGCAGUUGGCUGGAUCAAGAAGACUCCCCAGGAGGUAGGUGUAUCUAUGUCAAAGUCAACAAUUAGGAGAAUAUUUCACCAGAGUGAAUACAGAGGGUUCACUACAAGGUGCAAACCAUUGUUGAGCCUGAAAAACAGGAAGGCCAGAUUAGAGUUUGACAAAACACAUCGAAAAGAGCCUGUACAGUUUUGGAACAAUAUCCUAUGGACAGAUGAGACGAAGAUCAACUUGUAACAGAAUGAUGGAAAGAGGAGAGUCUGGAGAAGAGAAGGAACUGCUCAAGAUCCAAAGCAGACCACCACAUCAAUGAAGCAUGGUGAUGGUAGUAUAUUGGUGUGGGUGUGUAUGGCUGCCACUGGAACUGGUUCUCUUCUAUUUAUUGAUGAUUUAACUGCUGAAUAAUGCAGCAGGAUGAAUUCUGAAGUGUUUCAAGCAAUAUUAUCUGCUCAUAUUCAGCCAAAUGCUUCAGAACUCAUUGGACGAUGCUUCACAGUGCAGAUGGAUAAUGACCUGAAGCAUACUGCGAAAGCAACAAAAGAGUAUUUUAAGGCAAAGAAGUGGAAUGUUCUGUAAUGGCCAAAUCAAUCUGGGAGAAAUGGUGUAUUUUCUGGAAAAAUUCCAGGGGUGCCAAUAAUUUCGACCAGGACUGUAAAUGAUAUAAAAUGUGAUGCAAUGCCUAUACCGUUCACCUGAGUUGGAUGUAAAUACCCUCCAGUUAAGCUGAAAGUCUGCACGUAAAGCACAUCUUGAUUAUUCCAUUGUGAUGGUGUACAGAUCCGAAAUGCUAAAAAUUGCGUCAAAUAUUUAUGGGCCUGACUGUAUUCCCACAACCCAAAGGUACAAAACUGAUCAAGUUGUAGUUUAUACACGUCAUCUUAUAAACAUGUUCAUGGAGGCAGGCUAAUUAGAAAUGUGUAGUUGAGAAUAGACAAAUUAGAAUAGAAUUAAUUUAUUGUCAUUGCAAAUUUUGCAGGUGAUAAAUUUUUGAAUCAUAUAACAUUUAAGUGACGUUGCAUUGGGAUGUGCUCCGUUCUGUACACUGUAACAGUUGUAGACUUGUGGUUUGCAGCAUAACUGCAAUGCUGGAGCACCUUUUUUGAAUACAUUUCUAAUGUCCCUCUUGCAAAUUCAAGCAGCCAUCAUUUUUUAUGACACAAUUAUGCCUGUGUUACAGCUACACAAGUGCAACUGCUACACGGUUUCUCCAUAGUGCAUAUGCAUAAAAUGAAUCACCUAAGCUGAACUAAAAUAUCACUUAAUGAGUGUCAGCUACCUCACAUUUUCCUUUUCGGAGAACUGUAAGUUCUUCUUGUCCACCUAGUGGGGAAGAUUGUGUGAUGUAAUUGAAUGCGGUGAAACAAAUGGACCUUGUGGUGAAAUUGUUUUUAUUGGUUAAUGUCAGUGACAGAUAGCAGUUACUGUUUAGGGAUCAUGUAUCAGUUUGCAUAAAAAACAAGAGUGCCUUUUGGUUCAUUUAAAAUAACAGUGUGCAGAAACUCCAUUCAUUGGACUAAAAAGGAAGUGUCCUGCAUCCAACAGUUUUUUGUAAUGUUCCACAAGACAUUCAUUGCUGCUUUACACAGUGCUUGGCUAUGCGAGCUCCAUCUGCAGUUUUCACACAUCUAUAGUACAAUUCACAUGAAAACUCUAAUUUUGCAAUUAAAGAGAGGUAGUAGAGGAGACCUCGAGCAGAUAGAAGUGCUUUCAUUUACAUAGUCUGACAUAAAGACUUACAAACAAGUUAAUUCAAUCCAUACUCAACUCCUUAGGAUUAACAGUUUUGAUCAGAUCACACAGAGCUUUGCUUGAACUUUGGUUGAUGUGCAAUAUAUUUUAAUAUCCUCCAAUCAUGCAUCUGUACAGAGGUUAUGGACAAUCUUACAUACACACAAACAUACAAUGAUAAUAUUCUUGUGUCAUAUGAACACACUUCACAUGCACACUGGAUUGUGAAUUUCCCCAGAAGGAUCAAUAAAGUUGAUCUUCUCUUACACCCACAUAUAAUGAACUUAUUAGUACUUACAGGUAAUUUGUUCAGGUCUGGUGGCUGUAUGAACACUGCAGGCUGGUGUAAUAUAAAAUAAUGUUUCUCACUUCUAUCUGGAGAAGAGAAUGCUGUAGCCACUGCUUAUCUUUCAUCUUCCUCUCCAUCUCCACACCACAUCAGUUCUUAAUGGAAUUAAGAAUUCAUUCAAUUAUUAGUGGGUAAUCUCUUUUGGAUGAAUCCUCUUGACAAAGGGUAAAAUGUUUUAAAGGAAAAAAUCUGUAGUUUUACAAAACUAAGAUGUAUUUUUUUGUUCUUGUCAUUCUUUUUGCCUGUGAUCAUUUACUUACCUUUUAACCUUGGGUCACAAGGACCCCACAGGGAGCAGCAAACAGGAGCUGUUUACCCAGGUUUCCUAAAAUACUUCUCCGAUUCAUUAUCAGGGAAGAUACCAAGCAGUUACUAAUAUUGUUGAGAAAUGAACUGGGUAAUUAUAUCACCACCUGUGCAAAGAUUGAACAUCUUCAAUCUUCUCCCUCUUUGGUUUGAUUUUCAUGUCCCUUGUUUUUCUUUGGUUUCAAGUUGAUUUGUCUUUUACAUGACACAUUUAGACUGAAGCAAUAUUUAGUGAUGAUAGUGAUUUUUAUGGAAGUGCUAAUAGCUUUAAUACGUGACACAAACCCCAAAUGUAAUAGGAUGAAAUGAGUCUAAAUGCAGUACUGAUCUCAUUGUGUCUCACAACUAGUUACUUUAUUGAUAGAAACAAAAUAUUAAAUUAGUCUUUCUAAUUUAAGUUCUUUUUUCUUUCUUUUUCCUUUGGCUAGAUACAGAUUUACACGAGACAUUCCAAAAUUGAAGUAGAUUGAAUAAAUCUAAUUUGAAACUGGUAGUUAAGAACUUCUUCUAGCUGGGUAAAGAUGCAGAAGAUAUUUCUUUGCAUCUCCUCAACUGCUUAAUUUUAGAUACAAAGGGCUAAAAGUAGUAGUAGUAGUCUAGUGACUGCUAAACCACGGCUUCCAGGCACCUGGAGGUUAAUUAAAGUUCUGUGAACAAAAUUAUUAUUUAAGUGCUGCAGUUUGUCCCAUCACAUCAGAAUGACAGCUAACUAUGACUUUCAUUUUCAAAUUAGAAAAUUUAAAUGUACACUGCAUCUUUGAGCAACUUUGAAAUUAGACAGAAAGACAUUCUGGGGAUAGACAACAUCUAAGAUGGAAUGAGAUUAUGUGCUAUUGUACAUUUAACAACCACAACAUUACAGCCACUGAUACAUGAUGUGACAAUACAAUGUUCUGCUGGGAAACCUUGGGUCCUGGUAUUUAUGUGGAUAUUUCUUUGACACGUACCACCCACCUAAACUUUAUUGCUGACCAGACACAAAGGAACAGCUCAAGGAACACAAGAGCUCAAGACAUUGGGCUAGCAACUAAACUCCUGCUGUCAGACACCACAGGAUACCCCCAGAGACACCAAUGAGUCAAAGGUUGUGUUGGCCACACAAGGGGGUCCUGCACAAUGUAAGACAGGUGGUUUUAAUCUUGUGGUUGAUCAGUGUAUAUUACUGUUUCUACAAUACUAGAAAACUUUUAGCUUUAGUUGGGAGCUUUGAAAAUGAUUGGAACUCUAAAUGUUGUUGAAAGAUAAUUAAACUCUACUGACUGUGGGCUUGGUCAUAUAAAUCACUGGCAGGUUAACAUUGCUUCACAUGCUAUUGCAUUACAUGCACUGGCAAAGGUUCAUUAUCAGUUAACCUGGCUAGCUGUCUCACUAACCAAAAUGCCAGUCAUUAACUGUAUAUAACCUUCGUUUUAGACUCUGCAGCAUCCUUCUCAGAAGUCAGGACAGUAAACAUAUCUUUGCUUUAGAUUUACUGAGCUAUGUUCUAUAUCAGCAUUUAAUAAAGAAUGCGAUAUGAAAACAAUGAGCAAGUACAUUUUCAGACCUUGACUAUUGGCAGUGCUAAUGGUAAUACCCUCAGCUUAAUUGUAUUUAGUGAAAAAGACUGUGUCAAAAUAUAAGUGUGACCAGGCUGUCAGUAAGAUGAAAAUUCUGUGGUUUAAGUCAGUUUCUCAGUGUGUGCUGAUGGUUUGCCAGCACUAAUUUCUUUGGAAUAUGUUAGAUUAUUCUCUUAAAGGAAUAUUAGUAAAGGGGAAUUGUAUUAUUUUCCUUCUUAUGUAGGUUCCUUUUGUCUGGUGAAAGCUAUUUGAAACAACAUACAGAAAUGUACACUCAAUCAACAAAGAAAGUAUGCUGAGAGGUUUAUAACCAUAAAAAUGAAAAUGCUCAUUUUAGAGUGUUACAAACACAUUUAUGCUGUUAAAAUAUGCUUUGUCAUUUCUGCAGCUGUCACUUUCAUGAGACACUUUUGUGAUUUAAUGCAUGGGAGUCAGUUUGCUCACUGUAUUGGUUAAACUGACUUCCAGUGUACUCAGUCUGUGACAGUAGUAUAAUGUCCACAGGAGCUUUGUUAAGUCUAAAAAUACACCUCUAAUGAUGAUUAUCUUAGGUUGGAUUGUGUUACAAACUGGAGAUAAAUGCUGAUAAAUGCAUUAAUGAUGCUUUGCAUUAAGGGAAAUUAAGUAUCCUGUCAUUUUAGUGCAUGAUCCAUAAGAAGGACUAAAAUCAGGGUGUCUUGGGCCAUUUUUCAAAAAAUGUCUCUUGUGACUGAUUUAUGCAAGUGUAACUCUAUUGGUUGUAACACUAUAGUUGGAUCCUCCUUUUAAUUCUACAGGGGAAGAAAAGCUAUUUAAAAGCACAGCAAAUGUAUUUAUUGAAUUUGGAUUAUUGACAUUCUAUGGAGGACGUCUCCUUCAGUGAACACAGCAGGACUGACUUUGGUCACAGAAGUGAAUAAACACUCAGUUCUGAUGAGAAGCUGCCGCUUGUUACUUCUACACUUUUUUGGACUCUCUGAUCUGAGUGCUAAAGUGCCAUAAGAAAACAUUCCAAAUUCAUCCGGGUUUCAUAUUCCACAGCUGGACUCCACGGGGCAGCUGAACCAGACCUGGUUUUAGCAGUGACAAAGAAAAAAUGUAUGGGGCUAAGAUGAGCCACUUCAUGUUGUUUAUCUGUGAAAAUGCCAUUUAUACUCUUACUACUUAUGCCAACAUUUAUUGUAACAACCUCUUAUACAACUGCCAUUCAUUGAUCCAGAGGAACAAUCUGGAAAUCAAAAGCAGGAUUCAGAGGAUUCUACAGAUUAUUCUAUAAUAAUGAUGAUGAUGAUGAUGUUUUGUUAAUGAAAGUAUUCUGUAUUUAUUUUCUUCUUUCGAAAAAAAAGAUUAUUUGUGCGUGUGUGGGGGGAAGGGGUGUAAUUUUGUACAGGAUCCGAUUACCUCUGUGUUGAAAUGAUAACAGUGAGCCAUAUUCAAUGUGAGAUACCCUUCUAAAUCAAGAGGAAAGGGCCAUACAGCUGCUGAAUUAGUAUGUUUUGUUUUGUUUUGUUUUUCUUACCAUUUACUGAAUUAUUUAUUUUGUAUUCCUGUAGCAAGCUAACUGUCUGUGAUUUUGGGAGGAAGUGUAGAGCAGUAACAACGUGGCAUAAAUGUAAUCAGGGGAAACAGAGAGAUUUUUAGUGUCCCACUUUGUUCAGUCCUGCAAAUGAUGAGUCUUCAGACAUGAUACCAUUAGAUUUUAGAUUUUUAAACUUAAAACACUGGCAUCAUACUUGGAAAUGCAAAAAUGCCUGGCAGAGAAUGGCCAAACCUUCAAACAGCUGUGGUUCAAAAGUGAGAGAUGUGAGAAUGAACAUAUAAAAGGUUGAAAACUGUGAAAGAUAAGGGCUGCCAUUAUUGUAACAAGUUGUUAAUAUAAUUUUAAAUGUCAUUUUCUGUUUGUUUGCAUGAGAUCUGGGUCAAAAUUAUAAAUGAAAAAAAAACCCUACUAAACAUGAAAAAAAAGUAAAAAGACAACUAAAGAAAUGACAACUUAACAUCAUAUCUUGGUUAAAAGGAUUUCUGCUUUUUAUUUUUAACAACUGUUAUGAAAAUUGACCUCUUGAUUAUAUAUUAAAACCUCCUGCAACUCACACCAUUUCUUUAUCAAUGUCUGUAUUACUAACAAAUUCUGUAUAUGAUUAAAUUAUGCAGACAUUAUCACCAAAGGAAACUUAACUUAAAAUUAAUCAUGAAUUUAAAAUUUGAGUUAAAUUUUUUUCUUCUACUUUAAUGUUAAUUUUUAAUUGAGCGUUGCUCUACUAAAAGUUAAAUAAUAAGCUGCCUUUAAAUUUCAAAUUGUUCAUUUUUCUUUACCAUAUUGGCAGUCCUUUAAAGAUGACAACCUUGGAUGUAAUGCUGUUGAAAACCACUGUAACUCCAAACAAAUGCUGUGUUUGAGCUUUGUGUGCUUUUUUUUUCCUCAGGAAGAGAUGGGAAAUGUAGUCUACAAAAUCAGGGUCUCCCAGACAUGGUGAUCUGUUACUCUGUGUGCGUGUGUGCGCGUGUGUGUGUAUGUAUGUGUGUGCGUGUGUGUUUAGGAGUUCAUGUGUAAAGUUUGUAUAUGUUUCAUUUGUAUAUAUUACCAUUUGGAAGAUGCACUGUGUGUCUUUAAAAAGUGCUUCCUGAGUACCUUGUUUUUUAUGUCGGGCCUUUCCUCAGUACGGUCUAGUAGCCUCAUAGAGUCAUUCUGUAUAUUAACUCUCCACUUGUACCUGCGACCAAUCUCUUGUGCUUGUACAGAAAAUGAUGGGGGUGUUUCAUGACGCAUGCAGACACAAUAUUAUACUUAUGAAUCUAUAUCUAAGUUAGAAACAUGUAUUUGGUUUAUUUAUGCUCUUAUUUAUUGAUUUUUCAAACUACAACAUUUUGUUGAAGUGGUUUACCAUGCUCUUCUGAUCUUCUGUUGUAUUGUAAAGAAACUAUUUUAUGUCCAUAACUAUCGAUGAACCCUUAAUAAAAUUAACUAUCAA